CCUCUCUAUUUGCUUCAUUUGGAAACAGAUAUGUAUGUAAAAAAAGAAUGGAUUCAAGGCGCUUUCCUUCCUAAAUAAUUCGGGUGUCUCUUCCCUCUGUUUUAGUCAAAUGUAUGAAAGUAGUUUGUUAAUUAGUUGAGCUGGAGUUGCCAAAGUAGCCUGUAUACCUGCGCAGUCUGGAUGGGAAGCCUUUGCAACUGCUAGUGUCCUCAAGCAGCCGAGCAUCAGAGCAUUUUCUCUUCCUACACAAGCCAGCAAAAUGACCACAUCCAGCAGGCAGAGCUCUUCUACAACUAAGGUCAACAACUUGGCCAAAAUAUUUGAUCCAAAUGCUUUGCAAAACCAAGGGCCUGAUACUGCAAUGGAGCCACCCAAAAUUCUUCGUGUUGAAAGCAGUGAUGUCAGCACAUCUGGAAGUUUUAACAUCAUGGAUAUGAAGUUUGCCUCCCUUGAACAAAAAAUAGAUAAGCUGUUGACUCUGCAAGACAAUGUCCUUAAGAAGCUUAACAGUGUUUCUCAAGAAAUCUGUUGCAUAGAAAAAGAUAUUGAGAUUGUAAAAGCAGAGACAUCUGAACCUGGAUCGAGGAUGGAAAGAAACAAAAGUCUAAAAAGUAAUGAAAUGAAGAGGCUUUGCCUUAAAAUGAAAAAAUCUCUUUCUGAUAUAAACAGGAAUGCAGAGCAGCAAGUUAAAAGACUAGAUGGACUGGAGCAAAGCGUUUCUGGAAUACAGAAGCUCGUAGGGCCUCUGGCUGAAAAGGUUAAAACAUUAAUAAUUCAUCAUUCAAGCUUAAAACACCAUGUUCAAAAACGUAAGCUUUAUAAGUUUGGUGAUUACACAAAAGGAGCUGGACAUGGUUUUGGGAUGCAGAUUUUCUCACAGACAACAGCUGGUGCCCUGCUCAAGAAGAAAAUUGAAAAGGACAUCAAAGAAAAGUCACAUUUAAGUGAGACGGGAACAAAUUCUAUAAAAGAGAAGAAACCUCCAGAUUCAACAGAGGGGGCCAUCCAGAAGAGCCAGUCCUGCUCUCAUGAAGAAGAAGUUGAUAAGCUCAACAAGGAAAAUGCUGAGAGGGAAAGUUCUGUUCUGCUUCAAAUGGAUCCUCCCAGACUUCAUCCUGAAGGGAUGCAGAAGGAAGAAAAUUUGGCUGUUGAAAGCUGUGACAGACACAGGAGGAGCUCUGUUCAGAAAUCCUCCACUACAGAAAGGCAGCAAGAAGAAGAAGCUGUUGAUGAUGGUUGUCAAAGGAUAACUGGGCAGGAGAUAGAGAGUGAGUCCCUAACAGAUGGGGAGAGGAAGGAGGAACAUCAGGUAUCUGUAGCUGAAAAACAAGAAGAGAGGAAGAAUGAAGGGGAAGGAGUUGCUGAUAAGAAUGAAAAAAAGGAUAAGGAACCACCAGCACUUUCUCCAAAUCAAGAUGAGGCAGGACAAAGCCAAGAUGAAGAGGCAACAGAGGGAAGGUGUAAAGGCUGCGGAAAAGAUGAUAGUUCUACUCCACCAGCACCAUUUGAUCACCGGAUUGUCUCAGCCAAAAGGGUGGGGAUCAGCAGUUAUUAUAACGUCAACAAGAAUGAAAUCCUGGGAGGAGGGCGAUUUGGUCAAGUGCACAAAUGUGAAGAAAAAGCAACAGGUCUCAAGUUAGCAGCCAAAAUUAUAAAAGCCAGAGGUGCUAAAGAGAAGGAUGAAGUGAAGAAUGAAAUAAGUGUCAUGAACCAGCUGAAUCAUGUGAACCUCAUCCAGCUGUAUGAUGCCUUUGAAUCCAAAAAUGAUAUUGUCCUAGUAAUGGAAUAUGUGGAAGGAGGAGAAUUAUUUGACAGAAUUAUUGAUGAAAACUGCAAUUUGACAGAGAUGGAUACUAUUUCAUUCAUAAAACAGAUCUGCGAGGGAAUUCAGUACAUGCACCAAAUGUACAUUCUUCAUUUGGAUCUAAAGCCAGAGAAUAUCCUGUGUGUGAACCGAGCUGCAAAUCAAAUAAAAAUUAUCGAUUUUGGAUUGGCAAGAAGAUAUAAACCCAGGGAAAAACUUCGAGUUAACUUUGGGACUCCAGAAUUUCUUGCUCCUGAAGUCGUGAAUUAUGAGUUUGUCUCCUUUCCUACAGACAUGUGGAGUGUAGGAGUCAUUGCUUACAUGCUCCUCAGUGGAUUGUCUCCCUUUUUGGGUGAUGAUGACAAUGAGACCCUCAAUAAUAUUCUGGCCUGCAGCUGGGAUUUUGAAGAUGAGGAAUUUCGAGGUGUUUCUGAUCAGGCCAAAGAUUUCAUCUCAAAGCUUCUCAUCAAGGAAAAAUGCUGGAGAAUAAGUGCAACUGCAGCCUUAAAACACCCCUGGUUAUCAGACCACAAGCUCCACUGCAGACUCCAGAAGAAGGCUAAAGGCACCUGUGUGUCCCAAGCACCCCCGGCUCCAUAAUCCCUCUGAAAGAGCUGCCAAACAGAAGAAAAGCUGCUGUGUGGUUACUGCUGCUAAGAGAUUUGAAAAUAUCAGCAGUCUUGGUGCUUUACCCCCCUGCCAUGACCGAGUCUUUUACUAAAUGGACCAACAGCAUUUUAGCUGCAGGAUAAAUCCCAGCAUUGCUGAGCUGCUGCUUCUCUAUUCAGCUCUCAAAAGAAGGAAAGUAUUUCUCCAGUUUGAGGAAGGUGUCUCUUCUGGAGCACCACGUUCUCCAUGUCUGGGAGUGCCACAUUUGCUUGGUUUCACAAAAAUCUUUUCUCUAUCUUGCCUUCAUGAGGGUCAUUUAGUUUUCAAAGCUUGUUAGGAUUCAAAUUAUCAGGUUAAAUUGACUGUUUCUUCUCAGGCAGAAGGCAAAUUGGCACUGUGUUAUAUGUGUAGCCAAAAAUGAUUUGACACUGCAAUCAAAUAAUAGGAAAAACAGACAAACAAACAAAGAGCCAAUUUAAAGCUGCGUUAUGUAGAUUUGAAGUUUGUUUUUCCUGUCAUCCUAAAAUGAGCUAAGGAUUAGCUCAAUGAAAGUUAAAGCCAUGAUAAUGUACUGCCAAUGGAAGUGAGAAAUUAGGCUUUCCUUGCAGGUAGGUGGAUUUGCUGCAACCAUGAUGCAUUUUAGGAUUUUUUUUAGCCUGUUGAAUUACUGUUCAUUUUAAAUACUCUUGUAUUCAUUCAACAAGAAAGAAAACAAGGCACUAAUCACUCAUACCCAUGCAGGAUCUUUUCUCCAUUAUGCAAGUGUAACUCAGAGCUGCUCCUCAUAACCUCUGUUUUUCUAGUUUUCAUUUCUUAUAUUGCUACCAAGUCCUUCUGACUCCUAAGUAAGGAAAAAAAUGGGAAUCAAAACAGCUGAAUUCUUUACCUGAUAUUGUUUGAGUAUGGCUCUUCAUUAAGUGAAUCUGAAUCUUACUGGCCUAUGCUGCGAGGUUAAAAUAAGAAUUAUUCCCUGCUGUAUAUGGCUUUCUCACUGCUUGGUUUCAGAACUACAUACAUGCAAAAUAUAGCAAGUAUUUUAUUCCAUGAUGCUCACAUAUCGCAGUGCCGUUAGGUUUUCUUUGAUUAAUCCAGUUCUGAUCAAACAUAUUAACAUAAAAAUAUCUAUAUAUUUAUCUAUACAUUUCAUACAUAUUUAUAUUUGAAUUAUGUCUUUUAUUAAAGGGGAUCAACAUAAAGACAAAACUCAACAGCGUUAUUCAUCACUACCCAAUGCAUUGUUUUCAUACCUUUGUCCUUUCUGAAUAGCACUCAUAUAUGAAAUAAAAGGGGCCCACUAAUGGGACAUCACAUCACGACAUCCUCUAUAGCCAGUUUGAUCCAAUGCUUUAACGCCAUUGUAGUAGAUCUGUUGAGACUGCUUCUGUAAACAAACAGGGCUUUUACAGCUGUGAAAUCUAAGAAAUAGACGUGUUGUAAUAGUUGUUGCAAGUAGAUGAGAACCAUUACUACAAUCACGCAACGUUUUACCAUGUAACUAUGAUACCAUGUAGAGCACUGCCACCUCAAAAUCCUUAUCUGUAGUCUUAACUGAAGUAAAUGUUGACUAGCAGAAAUGGAAGUCUCUCUGGGAAAGUUGCUCUUGAGCAGCCUCAAAGCAAGGAAACCAGAAUAUGACCUUGAGAUUGAAACUAGUUUGCUUAUUUUUAGUCACCAUUCAAGUUUCCAUGUGCAAACAGAGAAGCUACCUUUCUGUUAGGGCUGGAAUUCCCACUCCUGUCUGAUUACCUUCUUAAACAGUUAGCUUUUUGUGCAGUAAACAACUCAAUGGUCAUACCAACAUACAGCAGGCUAACUUUGGAAUGACAAGAUCUCAUUGUGCACUUCAGUGCCAGUAUUAUAGGUUUGAAUUUUGUUUUUCCUGUGGUGGACAUUUACAUGAGUAUGAAUAAUUGCAUGUCAUUUUGACUCUUAGUAACUAUACUAAAAUAACAGUGUGACUAUAGUCUUAUCUGGUUUGUUGAUCAGUUAAACUAAGAGAAUUUAUCAUUUGUAGAUCUGUGCAGCUGAGUUGUGAUGCAGAGCUUCAUGCCAUAAGGAUCAGCCACAUGUUAGGGCGCGUUGCACUAAGUCAGGCACUGAUACUCCAGGACUCUACUGGGGAACGUGGCCUCUUGCACACAGCCACAGAGAUCAUCUGUAGAGCUCUCUGUCAGAAAUACACACAUGUAAAUUACUAGGGAGGGUGGACAUAUUUCACCUGCUUUGAGAGGGAAGGCCCUUUCGAAAGGCACAAAUCAAGGAGGGGCUACCUUUCUACUUCCUUGCUUGUGCAACUGGGCAGGGUGCUAAUAUUUUCGAGGGAUUUAAAUUCCACUGUCACUAACGUGGAUAAUGAUGGUCACAUUCUUGAGUCUUGUCUGUAAACUGCCCCACUGCUCCUGUAACGAGGGAUGAAGCAGGGAUGGGACAGUUGCAGGUGGUUUGACUGCGCGAGUGUCUGCAGUGACUGAUGUCUGGCACAAGCACAGGACUACAGGUGUCCAGCUGAGGAGGAAAAAUCCCAAGCAUACUUCUUGCUAUUGCCCCAAAGACUCUAGAUUUAAAGCAUUAUGUGCAUAAUGUGCAUUAUUAAGAUCUUAAGUGUUAUUAAGGGUAAAAAACAACUGCACUGCUGCAUAAUUAUCAUUACUAUGUGUAGUGGUGUGCCUGAGAAAAGUUUCUCCAGAGAUGCUUGUUUGUAUCUUUGCUGACUGUAGCAGUUUAGUUAAAUAAUACUUGACACAGCUCCAUUUUAGUGCCUUCCUAAUUGUGUCUCGUUGCACUUUGAGCAGCAUGCUGUUCUGUGUGUGUGUAAGUUUGUUGUUGAUUGUUUUCCUUAAAUAUAUUCUAUAAUGACUAAAGACUGCUAUAAUAAGUUAUUGUUUUGACACAUCAUUAUUUAUUUUCUACUAGGUAACAAUAAGUUGGUUAAGUUCUAAUAAGUCAACUGCAUCUAUGUGAGUUUGCUUAUUGUUCAUUUUUGUUGCAUAUCGGUUUGAGAGACUUUAUUUGGAAACUGUGAACUUCCGUGCCUGAGAGCGGGUUUAGGUGUGAAGGGCACUUUACUUUAGCUGUAGUUACUGCAUUCAGCUCUAUAACCACAGACAGUCAGAGGCGGCUGCAGGUUCUGCAAGAAUCACAAGGGAACAGAAUGAUCUGGAAACAUCAGUUGUGUUGGAAGGGAUAAAGUGCCAAGAUGAAGUAUUUGUUCUGCGUAUGCCAUUGUAUUCUUCCAGAUGUGCAAAUUAGAGGUCAUACCAUUGGAACAGAGUGAUUUAUAUCAGGCGAUGACUUGACCCCAAGUUUGCAUACGGACUCACUGCUAGGCUGCAGCAAGGAAAAGAACUUUCUGUUCACACAGGCAACUUCAACAACUACAUUACACAGCAACCCUUCUGCAGGAAUGACCUGUGGGAAUUCACAGGGAGCUGAAGGCACUCUCUGGCUGCCAAGUUCUCCCAUGGUCUUGGAGGUAACUUUACUUAGGGAAGCACAACUUAAUUCGUGCAGUACUUGUGAGAAUUAGAAUGCUGUUAUUCCUAAUUCUGUAGAUAACAGCAGAGAGACUCGGCUAGAUAAAACCUCAGAGUUUUGCUCAGGAUAUACUAGAGUAGUCUAACAUUAGCAUCAGAGUUAUAAGCAAAUUUGUUUCAUUCAAGGUGGGAUGCUAGUGGCUUUCCAACAAUUUUUUACAUGUUGAACAACCUGGAGGCGAUGAAAUGGGUAAAAACCUCUACCACAUAAAUAUUUCCAUACUAUCGAAUCCAUAUUUGUGCAAACCUGGAGCCAGUCACUCCCCUGAGUACCCUCGUAGAGUAAGCAGCUGGCAAUCUGUGACAGUCUGGUCUGGAGAUUAUAACAGAAGCUACGUUUUAAUUUCUUUUUCAUAUUCCUUCUAAUGACAGAAGUGGAAUAAACUUAAAGCCUAAGCUAAACUCUUCUAUAACUUGAUUCCUAUCAGGAAUAACAGUGCAGCUCCACAGAUUUAAACAAGGGAAGCGCUUGGUCCACAUUUUGAGAUACAAGUAGCACAAGAGCCCAGUUUAAUCUCCCCUCCUCACCAAAAAAUAAAAAUAUAAAAAUAAGUUUAAAAAAAAAAAAACAAAACACAACACUACUUUGCCCUAGUCCUCAGCAGUUAAAAUACAAAGAACCUUACUUUUUAGCAGUUGAAGUAGUUCAGUGAAGAUACAUUUUUCUGCAGUGGUUAAAUUGCUGUAGUAAGGGUCAAGAUAUUUUAGCAUCUUCAGUUCAGUGCUGAUAUUACUGGCAGUGUCUUUCAGCAAAAUGGUCCCCGCCAGCAAGUGUUCUGCUUUUUGCCACUGAUGGGGAUCUGAAAACUGCCCAUCCCCUUCCCUUGGCCUCACCAGUAAGCAGAGCAUUUCAUAGUUUGUGGUGCCUUAAUAUAAGAUAAGGAUUGUAAUUCUGCUUCGUGUCAAGCCCGCAGUGGUGAUGAAUGAGCACCGAUGCUCCAAACUCCUUCCUGCUUUCGAGGAGGAUGCUGCAUUUUCACAUCCUACUUCUGCUGUCACUGAUAUAUACUUGUCCUCAUGUCUCAUGUGAAUAAAACUAAACACUGCAUGAAUCCAUUUAGGGACAUUAGACUCUUUCACCUUCCAUGAAGGCUUAAUAGCUGAACAACUAACUACCUGUUUCAAGUAUUAGAUGAAGACUGGUAGAUAUAAUGCUUUGUAAAUACGUUGUUUAGCUAUGUCAGUAGAGUUAGCAAUCACAUUUUGGUGUGGCAGAACUAAUGUUUGUGUACCCCACAGCAACUUCUCUUAGAUGACAGGCGUAUGAGAACUAAAUCACAAAGCAUGUGGAUUUUCAUGUACCGUAUCGUUUUCCUUGCACAUCUGGUUUUGUAGAUUAACUCAUGUAUCUCUGGUACGUGUUCUUUUGUGAAAAACAUAAAGCAACCUUGUAAACAGAUGACAGGAAUAAAUGCUGAUUUUGUUUACUCCA